CAUUUUAUUUUAUUUUUAUUUUUUCUUACCCCAGAAGAAUAAACAUAUUUAUAAAAUUUUCUUCAAUCUAUUAUGAGCAGCAUUUUAAGAUCUCGUGGAUUAAAUGCUUCAAGAAAAGUGUUAUCUACUUUCAGCACACAAGCUAUCAGAUCAACCCCUAUAAUGCGUAGAAGCAUUGCAUUUAACGGAGGGUAUAAUUAUAAUAAUGACUAUGAUAAUGCUUAUGGAGGCUCUCAAGCUGGUAUUGGAAGUUCUUGGGGCGGUAGUUCUGAGCGUCAAUCUUUACCUCGAAAUACGAUAAUCAAAUUUGUUCCUCAACAAGAAGCGUGGAUUGUUGAACGCAUGGGAAGAUUUCAUAGAUUAUUGGAACCUGGUUUAAAUAUUUUAGUUCCAUUUAUUGAUCGCAUUAAAUAUGUGAAGAGUUUAAAAGAAACAGCUAUUGAAGUUCCUAGUCAAAGUGCGAUUACUCAUGAUAACGUUACGUUGGAAUUAGAUGGUGUUUUAUAUUUCAAAUGCGUAGAUCCAUAUAAGGCUUCAUAUGGUGUUGAAGACGCAGAAUUUGCUAUUACACAACUAGCACAAACGACAAUGCGUGCAGAAAUUGGUCAAAUGACUUUAGACCGAACACUGGCAGAACGUGCUCAUUUAAACGCAAACAUUGUUGAUGCUAUUAACUCUGCUGCUGAAGAUUGGGGUAUUCGUUGCUUACGUUAUGAAAUUCGUGAUAUUCAUCCACCUACAAAAGUGGUUGAAUCUAUGCAUCAACAGGUUUCAGCAGAAAGAACAAAGAGAGCUCAAAUUCUUGAAUCUGAAGGUGCUAGACAAGCAGCUAUUAAUGUUGCUGAAGGUCGUAAGCAAGCAACCAUUUUGGCAUCCGAAGCAGAAAAAGCAGAGAAAAUUAAUAUGGCUGCAGGUGAAGCUGAAGCCAUCAUUUUACGUGCCAAAGCUUCUGCAGAGGGAAUUGAGAGAGUAGCUCGUGCGAUCGCCAUUAACCAUGGUAAUGAUGCUGUAUCAAUGACUGUUGCAGAAAAAUAUGUGGAAGCGUUUGGUAGGAUGGCCAAGGAAGGAACUACAUUGAUUGUACCUACAGCAGCAAAUGAUGCUGCAUCUAUGGUGACACAAGCAUUGGCAAUUUACAAUACAAUUAAUAAUAAGAAGAGUUCCGUUAACAACAUACCAACACCUUCUCUUUCAAUGAAUGAGAGCAUAACAGAAAAAGGAGAAAAGGUUAUAAAUACUAUGGAAAACAAUAAUCAGAAAAAAUAGAUAAUAAACAAUCUAAUUUUCAAAAAAAAACAAGUAAAAUAUGUUCGUAGAAGAAAGAAACAUUAAGCUUCAUACAUGUG